GCUGUAGUAACGGCCACGUCAGAGCCGCCUUCCUCCCCUUGUGGCGUUUACACCUGUGGUGGGCUCUGUUGUUUUCACCUCCGUUACAGUUGAGGAAACUGAGGCAUAGCUCUUACGUGGCUUGCCUUCCGUUACCCAGGAGGUGAGCGGUGGGCCUGGGAUUUGAAUCCAGCUCUCUCUGAUGCCAGAGCCCCCACCCGCGUGCCAUACUGCCUCAUCUUCGGGAUAUCUGAAGGAGUUAAAAGGCUAAGAUAUGAAUCAGCUGUGCCCAUCGGGCGCAGCAGGAACUGGGGCAGUAAAGGACUUCUGUGAGCAGCCUCCAUGAGGCCCUGGACCAGUGCAUGAUCGCCCUGGACCUCUUCCUCACCAACCAGUUCUCAGAAGCACUCAGCUACCUCAAGCCCAGAACCAAGGAGAGCAUGUACCACUCGCUGACGUAUGCCACCAUCCUGGAGAUGCAGGCCAUGAUGACUUUUGACCCUCAGGACAUCCUUCUGGCUGGCAACAUGAUGAAGGAGGCACAGACGCUGUGUCAGAGGCACCGGAAGAAGUCCUCUGUAACCGAUUCCUUUAGCAACCUGGUUCACCGCCCCACGAUGGACCAGUUCACGGAAGAGGAAGUCCAUGCUGAGGUGUGCUAUGCGGAGUGCCUGUUACAGAGGGCAGCUCUGACCUUCCUGCAGGAUGAGAACAUGGUGAGCUUCAUCAAGGGCGGCAUCAAAGUUCGAAACAGCUACCAGACGUACAAGGAGCUGGACAGCCUUGUGAAGUCCUCACAGUACUGCAAGGGAGAGAACCACAGACACUUUGAAGGAGGUGUGAAGCUUGGUGUGGGAGCCUUCAACCUGACGCUGUCCAUGCUUCCUACCAGGAUCCUGCGGCUGUUAGAGUUUGUGGGAUUUUCAGGAAACAAGGACUACGGGCUGCUGCAGCUGGAGGAGGGCGCAUCGGGGCACAGCUUCCGCGCUGUGCUCUGUGUCAUGCUGCUGCUCUGCUACCACACCUUCCUCACCUUCGUGCUCGGUACCGGGAAUGUAAACAUCGAGGAAGCAGAGAAGCUCUUGAAGCCCUACCUGAGGCGAUAUCCUAAGGGUGCCAUCUUCCUGUUCUUUGCGGGGCGGAUUGAAGCCAUUAAGGGCAAUGUUGACACAGCCAUCCAGCGGUUCGAGGAGUGCUGUGAGGCCCAGCAGCACUGGAAGCAGUUCCACCACAUGUGCUACUGGGAGCUGAUGUGGUGCUUCACGUACAAGGGCCAGUGGAAGAUGGCGUACUUCUAUGCCGACCUGCUCAGCAAGGAGAACUCCUGGUCCAAGGCCACCUACAUCUACAUGAAGGCCGCCUACCUCAGCAUGUUUGGAAAAGAGGAUUACAAGCCGUUUGGGGAUGAUGAAGUGGAGUUGUUCAGAGCAGUGCCUGGCCUGAAGCUCAAGAUUGCAGGGAAAUCUCUACCUACAGAGAAGUUUGCUAUCCGGAAGUCCAGACGCUACCUCUCCCCCAAACCGAUCUCGUUGCCAAUCCCUGCUCUGGAAAUGAUGUACAUUUGGAAUGGCUAUGCUGUGAUUGGGAAGCAGCCAGAACUCACAGACGGGAUACUUGGGAUUAUCACCAAGGCUGAAGAGAUGCUGAAAAAGGGCCCAGAGAAUGAGUACUCAGUGGAUGAUGAGUGCUUGGUGAAGUUGCUGAAAGGCCUCUGUCUGAAAUACCUAGGCCGUGUCCAGGAAGCUGAGGAGAAUUUCAGGAGCAUCUCUUUCAAUGAAAAGAAGAUUAAAUAUGAUCACUACUUGAUACCAAACGCUCUGCUGGAGCUGGCCCUACUGUUUAUGGAGCAAGGCAGAAACGAAGAGGCUGUCAAACUCUUGGAAACUGCCAAGCAGAACUACAAGAAUUACUCCAUGGAGUCAAGGACACAUUUUAGAAUCCAGGCAGCCAUACUCCAAGCCAAGUCUUCCCUAGAGAAUGGCAACAGAUCCAUGGUCUCAUCAGUGUCCUUAUAGUUUUAUGCAGCACUCCAGGCUGGAAGACAGAAACAGCUGGACAGAGCUCCUGGAAACAUUUCAACAAGAUCCCCUCCCCUGCCCUGCCUUUGGGGUCCACCGGUGCUCCAGUGGGAUAGCAUGACAUAGGUAUCCAUGCAGAAGGGAAGCCGGCAUUUUCACCAGUGUGGCCAAGGGCCUUUACCAAGGACAGAGCAGGUGGAGUCCUCUGCCUGCCCUAUCACACAUACGGGUACUUGUUUUUCACUGUGAUGUUUAAGAGAAUGUAUGAACAGUUUACAUUUUCCUUAGAAAUAUUAGUGGGAUCACAGUUGGCUUUAAAAACAAAAACAAAAAAACCCACCACCUGUAAAUCUUUGUUUUAACCCAUACUUAUCUGGAGGUAAAUCUAUAUAUGAUGCUUUUCAAAAUUCAGCAAUGUCUCAGCUUCCAGGGCCAGAAGGACCAUCAAGGCUUCUGAAGGUUGGGUGUAGAUGUUGCACACUGACACCCACUACCUUACUUCUUACACCUCAGUUUCACUCCCUUAGUAACUUUCCAAUUUAAAACAAAAAUGAAAAUUAUUUCACUAAAAAGACAUGUGAAUCCCUCUGUAGAAAAAAAAAAAUCUCUACAAGUAAGGAAUGGGAGUUGCUGAGGCCUGACAGAACGGGAGCUGUGUGGCCCUUUCUGUGCCAAAGCCAAGAAGUUGGUGGGGGGGGAGGUUCUCAGACACCAGUCCGCAUCCUCACUGUAUGCCAAACUGAAACAACUGGGAAUAAUUUACAAAACAAAAAUCAUCUGUACUUCACUACGAGGUACAUUCAUUUACUGACAGCAUUUGUCUUACAAUGGUUAUUCCUGGCCCAUUGUGUAUGUUUUAUAUUUUUCAGUUAAGAGAAAAGAGAUAUUUAAUAAAACUUAUACACUUAAGAGAUCAUGCAACAUCUAUUUCAGUAAAAUAUGUGUUGCUUGAAUUCUUGGGCAAGGCAGAAAAGUCUGGAUCAGAAGCCAUAUAGCCCAGGUAUGUUUUAUUUAGACAACACGAUGCCUUAAAUGUUUUUAAAAUAACAUUUAAAAAUGGGGAUAUUUCACAAA